GACAGCAGCAGCAUCUUCUCUACUCUAGCUGCUUCUUCCAAACUGAACCAUCCAUCCCACCCAGAAAAUCAAAACCCUAAUUUGAGGUUACUGAAAGACGAGAAAUGUGUUCUCUUUCGAUUAAAAACCCACCAGAUUCACACUUCAUCUUCCCAAAGUUCGCUCCUUUACUUGUACGACACCGUUUCAACCUCCCAUUGCUCGUCAAACCUCCGAGAUUCCGCGUCGUCGCUUCUCUCUCCGGUGACUCAUGGGUCUCUCAAGCUUCCAAAGACAAAUACGGUGGCUGGAGUCUUAUUGACGACGACCCUCCUCUUCCUCAGUUGAAAAGUGCAAAAAAGUGGAGGAAAGUUGUAAUCACUGGUGUUGGAUCAUCACUAGCUCUUCUCUUAGCUACUCUUGCUUACUUCUCAAUCUCCAGAAAAGGGUUUAGGUUAAGCUUUAGCAAACCAUUGCAUUCUUCAAGUGUGGUUUUGGAUCAGAAUGAGGAUGGAGAGAGUGUUGAGAUGACUUCUGCUUCUGUUUCAGAAGACAAUGAAGGCGUUGACUAUGUUUCAGAUGCUGUUGACACUUUAUCAACUGUGAAAGCUCACCGUAUCUCCACUCCGGUUUCUGUAGAUGCUGCUCAACAAGAAGCAAUAGCUGUUUUAAAGAAGCUAAAGAUAAUUGAAGAUGAUGUGAUGGCAGAUGAGUUGUGUACCAGACGAGAGUAUGCUAGAUGGCUAGUUCGUUUAAAUUCGUUACUAGAGAGAAAUCCAAAGCAUAGGAUUGCGCCAGGAGUAGCUUUAGCUGGCUCUUCAGUUCCUGCAUUUGAUGAUGUGAAUACUACAGAUCCUGACUUCGAGUACAUACAAGCCUUGGCAGAGGCAGGCAUUACUUCCAGCAAGCUAUCCGGAAAUGACAUUAGUUUUCAUCCUGAAAAUUUUGUUUCUCGGCUCGAUUUGGUUAACUGGAAAGCUGAAUUAGAGUGUGAUUUCCAUCCAGAAAUUAUGGAAGAGAUAUCAAGGACAAAGGUAGAUUAUAUAGAUACAAAGGAUCUCAACCCCGAGAUGGCCCUCGGCUUCUACUCGGACUUUUUGAUGGGAGACAAGAGCACAAUCAGAAACGUUUUUGGUAGAAUCAAGCGGUUUCAGCCUAAUAGACCUGUUACUAAAGCACAAGCGGCUGUAGCAUUAACGAGUGGUAAAAUGGCUAACGCUAUUUCAGAAGAGCUAUCAAGGUUAGAAGCAGAGUCCUUCUCACAGAAAGCUGAGAUGGAAGAAAUCAAAUCAAAGUUGCUUGAAAAGGGAGAGAUAAGGCAGCUUUGGGAUGAGAAGCUUCAAGUAGAGAGACCACGAGGAGUUGAGAUGGAAGAGCUGUAUCUCGCCAGAGUUAGUGAAUUAGAACAAGAAAAAGCUGCUCAGCUGAAGUGGUUUGCUGAGAGUUUGAAAGAGAAAGCAGCCAUAGAUUGUCAAAAACAGUUGGUUAACAGCUUGAGAGAAGAUAUUGAAGAGAUGUCUCAGAGGUUGGCAACUGAUAAAUCUGUUUAUAUGGUUGAGCACAGCAAGUUACAAGAGAUGCUGAGUGAGUUACAGUCCAAAUUUGAAUCUGUGCUUGAUAAAAGAUCUAUCCUUGAAGCUGAAGUUGAAGCUCUUAGGAUUCUCAGAACUUGGGUAGAGGAUGAAGCCAAGGCAAGCCAAGCAAGAGCUAAGGUUCUUGAGGAGGCGGGAAGAAGAUGGAAAUGGAACGACCAUUCUUGAAUCUUCAGAUUGUACAAAACAGAAAUGUUGUUAUAUGAGUGUUGCAAAAUCUAAAAAUCAAGCGAAUCCAGAUACUUUGGAUUUGUUGGUUUAUUUGGGGAAAGACAAUUAAACUCUCUGUAAUUCAUUCCUGUUUUUAAAUUGGAAACAGAACAAUUAUUCCAAGAAUCAA